CGCUAGGGGAGUGACGAGCGCGAUGGGGCUGAGCGACCUCAGACGUAUUGGGCGCGUUGGAUGUAGUGCCGCGGUGACGGCUGCGGGGAAUCGUGACGGAAUCCGAGGUAGAAGCAUCUCCGUCUCCAAUAUAUUCGCCCUCAGCAUCUUCGUCCUCAACAUCUUCGUCCUCAACAUCUUCGUCCUCAACAUCUUCGUCCUCAACAUCUUCGUCCUCGAUAUCUUUGUCCUCAACAUCUUCGUCCUCGCUGGUAUACGUGCCGUCUUCCUCGCUCUUGUGAGUAAUGUCGCUAGUCGCGCUCUCCUAGCUCUGCUCGCCGUCUUCCUUAUCAUCUCCCUCGUCUUGGCUUGUACCGAACUGAUCCUUGCGAUAGCGCUUGCAGUAGUCGAUGAUGUCGUCCACCAAGAUCGGUUUUAUAUGCUCGGGGGCGCUCUCCACCAGACCUAGGAACAAACUAUUGAACUAAAGAAAUUGGUUAGCG